AGUCUUCUGCCUAGCAGGUGGCAAGUUCCAGUUGGAGAACUGAGUGAGUUUUCUCGGAGAGCCAAGGACUAAUUUGCCUGGACAAACGCAGUGAUGUCUCAGCAAGGCGCCAAAGGCUUUUCCAAAGGGUCUUCCCAGGGCUCCGCCCCCUGCUCCGCCCCGACGCCCGCCCCCGCGCCCUCCUCCUCCUGCUGUAGCCGCGGCUGCUGCAGGGGCGGUGGCUGUGGCUGCGGUGGUGACUCCGGCUGCUGUGGCUCCAGUUCCACCGGCUGCUGCUGCUUUCCCCGGCGCCGCCGGCAGCGCGGUGGCGGCUGCUGCUGCUGCGGAGGAAGCCAAAGGUCCCAACGCUCCUGCAACAACCAGAGCUCAGGCUGCUGCGGUGGCUGCUGAGAGCUCACAGAGCUGUGCCCGAACAACUGGCAUCACACAGCGGCCUCUGCUGCUCUCACCCUGCCCUCCGUAGUAGUAACAGGCAGGACCCGCCUAGGAGUUUGGUCCCCUUUCAGCUAACUGCACUUUGAUGUUCGGAAACCUCAUUCUGUUCUCCGGCCUGUCCCCUAAUGUUGAUUUUCCUCCCAGGGAAUUUAGAAGUCAGGGGUGAGACCUCAGACCAUGCUUUGGGCAGGGGCUUGUGCACAGCAGUGCUCCACACAGGUCUACUGAUUGGAUUGUCGCCUGAAGACAUCAUAAUAAAGCUUCUACCUCCUA